AUGAACGCGGGCGGACAGAGCGAUGGCUUCGCCCCGGUGCCGUUUUCUCCAGGGGCCACAGUGUUGGUAGAAGUAAACGCAGAUAUACACAUCUGCGGAAUCUGCAAACAGCAGUACAACACUCUGGAUAACUUUGUGGCUCACAAGCAAAAUGGCUGUCACCUUGGGACAACUGCAGGCACCAGUUCCAUACAGUUUGUGGCAGAGGCAGCAACACCAACCACCCAGACUCAGACUGCUACAAGUAUGAUUACUGCACAGACACAGACCAUCUCAGUUUCCAGUCAGUUAUCAGAAUUUGGUUUUGAACAAGGAUACCAGACAUAUCUACCCAGUACCAGCAAUGCAGGUGAAGUUUCCAGUCUAUCCUUAGGACCCACCAGGCCAACUCCAAAAAAGUCAAAAUCAAAUUCAACAUCACAAAAAAAGCUGACGUGUUGCUAUCCAGGUUGUGCAUUUAAAACAUCCCAUGGAAAUAAAGAUUUAGAUCGACAUUUAAGAACACACACAGGUGAAAAGCCUUUCAAAUGUGACACUUGCAACAAGCGAUUCAGUCGUUUGGAUAAGCUGAAGAUGCACAAUCGUUCCCACACUGGAGAGAAGCCUCAUAAAUGCCAGCAUUGUGACUAUGCAGCAGCAGACAGCAGCAGCCUGAAGAAGCACCUCAGGAUCCAUUCUGACGAGCGUCCAUUUAAAUGCCAGAUCUGUCCUUAUGCUAGCCACAGCUCUAGCCAGCUCAUUAUUCAUCUCCGCUCUCACACUGGGGAUGCACCUUUCCAAUGCCAAUUGUGUGAUGCUAAAUUUAAAAUCAACUCAGACCUAAAAAGACACAUGCGCAUCCACUCUGGUGAAAAGCCCUAUCAAUGUAGCUUCUGUGAUUACCGCUGCGCCAUGAAAGGCAACCUCCGAUCUCACAUCCGUGUAAAGCACAGCAUGGAGAACACUUUCAAGUGCUCACAGUGUGACUUCCAGUGUGGGAACAAGUCCACAUUGCGGCAGCACACAAGGACCCAUCAACCGGAUAAGCCAAUAAAAUGCUUGCAGUGCAGCUACUCCUGUGCUAGUAAAGGAUCAUUGAAGGUACACGAAAGAAUUCAUUCUGAAGAUCGACCGUUCAGGUGCAAGUUUUGCUCCUUUGAUUCGAAGCAACGUAGCAAUCUCCUUAUGCAUCUUAAAAAACAUCAUAUAGGCAAAGAUAAACUGAGUGCAGGAAAGAAAGAUGUUGAUGGGCAAAAGCAAGGCAGUUCGCGGCUAGUGGUCAAACUAGAUGCCAAAAAGCCUUUCAAAUGUGAUAUGUGUGACGCAAGUUUUGUCAGAGAAGAUUCACUUCGCAGUCAUAAGAAUCAACACCGUGAUUUAUCUCACAGCAGUGAUAACAGUGCACUAGCCAUUUUACAGUUGCAGAUACAACAUGAAAACCAAACCAGUGUUCCUUCUGUGUCUAAUCAUCUUCAACCAAGAUCAGUCACAUCCUUUAGUAAAGGAGAGGUGAAGAUUAUAGUUAGCCAGCAGCUGAAUCCAACUAACAGCAAUGUUCAAACAGCAGUAAAUGAACAUCAUACUGUAAGAGAUACUGUGGUGUCUGAUCCAAGUCAUCAGAACAGAAAUAAUGUGACCUCCAGUAACCAAUUGCAACUGUUACAGCAGGUCAAUUUGAUUGCUCCAACUCAACAAGCAUUAUCACAGAAUGAAGUUGAAACUAACUCCACUUUAGAGCAGGAAGCCACUUUGCUUAGUCCUAUUGAUUCCAGUGCCACUGACAAUCUCCAUCAGGCGCUAAUGCAAACUACAGCAGUUGAUAAUCAAGCAUCUUCAAACAGCCAAUCAUUCAUCACUGCUUCUACAAUCAACUGUUCAGACCUGGAUGGCCUAAAUGCACUCAUUCAGGAGGAGAGCAGGGAUGUCACUGUAGUUAGUGACCCAAGCCAGACUGUUGCAACCUCCUCCUCAUCCUCAGCAUCACCCAUCUUCUCUUCACCAUCUCCUCAGUUGCCAGGACCUAAACAUACCUAUCCUAUUGUUCCAGCAGCAGCUCCAUCCAGCGUUACAUGCUCAGUAUUACAAAUUCCAUCUCAUAAUUCACCAGCUACAGGAUUCCCUUCACAGCCUGAGGAAACAAACAGUCUUUUGGUAUCUGGCAUUGGCAUCAGCACUUCAGGAGUGAUUAUACAGAGUCUUCCCAUGGUUGUUACAACAGCACAGCAACAACAAACUGAUGAUCCACUCUCUGAGCGGGCUUUCUACUCUGAGUCCAGUGCUUCAUCAACCUUAGUGCUACAGGAAACCUCACAGCUUUCUGGUCAACAAACAAUACACCUUACCUCCAGUGGAGACAGCACACAGCCUUCCUGUUCAGUCACAGAAACCCAAGGGUGGACAAUGUAGAAUUAUAUUAUCAAUCUGGAUUCUGAAUCCCGUUGGCUAAAAUGCAACGAUACUGCAGAAUCUAAUGUCUGUUGAGUUCUGUGGACAGCUGUUGGGUGUCUUACACCAUAGAUCACAAGAUGUAAUCAUGAAAGAAUGAAUUAUUUCAUAUGUCAUUAUCUGAAACUUUCAGCUAGCUUUCAUAGCUUUGGUCAUAGAUUAGAUUCCAGUCUGAAUCCUACUUAAUAUUUGAAAACGUUAACCACUGUAUUCUUAGGUGCUUCUCCAUCCUAAGUACCUUAGGAGAAGGGUUGAUUGAAAACUAGGAGAAUAAGCAAAAUUAAUAGUGAAUCACAACCUGACACCUGAAGAGUCUCAAUUGUUUGGAUCAACAAUUAAUUAUUCAUUCUGGUUGGAGGAUGGAGGAAAUGGGCUGAGGGGGCCCAGGGUUGUUCCAGCUUUGUAAGGAAUGAUUGGGCAUUUACUGAAUCUGCACUAUGGUGUUUGGAAAUGUUCCCAUCCAAAUUUCUAUCUUCUGCAGGUAAGCAUAUGAGUGGCUAUCACAGGUGUCAUGACUUCAGUCAUACAAGAAACACAAAAAAGUUAAUAAGCAUGUUUAUACGUAGAUUCAGCAAAUACUUAAGAAUGCAAAUGAAGUUGAUAUUAUUGCCAGGGGAUUGGAGUUAAAGAAUAAGAAAGUCCUGCUACAGUUGUACAACACUCCCAUUGCAUCUUGGGUGGCUAUCCUUCAUAUAUAAGGAAUGAUACAUUGCCUUGAAAGUGGCACAGUGAAGGUUCGUUAGAUUGGUUCCUGGGAUUAGAAGGUAUGAGACUGAGUAAUUUGAAGUUUAAAAGAAUGAUAGAUGAUCUCUGCAAUUUAAAAGAUUGAUACAUGAUCUCUUUCAAACUUACAAAAUUGUGAAUAGUUAUUUCUCCCAUCUGGAGAAUGUCGAACAGACUCAGGAUAAAGGGUCAGCCAUUUAGGAUUGAAAUGAGGAAAAAAUAUAUUCACCAGGAUGUUGUGAAUCUUUGAUGUUGUUUGGCCCUAGAAGGUUGUGGACAUGCCAUUAUUGAGUGUGUUAAAAACUGUUUUUUGAUCUCUCAGGGAA